CUACGGACUCGAGUGGGUCUUCUAAUCUCCAAUGAAACAAAUAGUUCAGUAUGCAUUGUAGUUCGUGGUUCUCAGUGUUCUGAUGUAGUUCCAUCAAUGAAUCGACAAACGUAGAAUCUGGAUCUUUUUCCAGUUGCUGUAAAUGUUCGAGUACAUCUCUAUCAACCGCCAGUUUUAGUACCAUCAUUGCCUCAGGGAAUUCAUUCCAAACCAUACGCUUACCAUUCACUCGUUCGAUCGCUUGUAAACCAUACGUAUGUUAAUGAGUGACGUCACUACGCACCCUCCUCAUUUGUACGAGUAUUAAUUAUAAAUGAGGUAGUGGACGACCCACAACCUCAAAACUCCACCACCUCACACCACCUCAUCCACCACAUCAAAAAUAAGGCCCGAACGGCACCUAUAUUACUACUUACACCUAUUUUCUCAAAAUUAGAAAGCAUCAGAAAAACCGUGCCCUGUCUGAGGGUCGAACUCAGGACCUUUAGAUUAUGAGACUAACGCGCUGCCUAUUGCGCUAACAGGGCGAACACGUCCAGUCUUAUUCCUAAAGGAAAUCUAAGUUGUGAUGAUUAAAGCUUUUUUAAAAAAUAUUUUCCGUCUUUCGCUCCUGAAAACGCGAUAAAAGUCUUUACCAUAAACGAACUAAUGACGAGGCAAAUCAUUUUUGACAAAAGUAAAUAUUAGAAACCACUCACGACUUGGUAUGUUAAGGGAAGUCUCAGAAUUCACUAACAGAAUUUGCGUGAAGCUGCUCGAACAAGUACGUUUGAACUAUCGACGUUGAACUCGUUGACAAGCGCCCAACGUGGGCCUCGAACCGCACGACCCUGAGAUUAAGAGUCUCAUGCUCUACCGACUGAGCUAGCCGGGCGUCGGUUUGUAACUCGACGAAGCAACGAAAUGACAGUUCACGAUAUCAGUGUGUUACGAAAUUUCAGAAUAUACACCUAUUUUCUUAAAAGAAAGCAUCAGAAAAACCGUGCCCUGUCUGAGGGUCGAACUCAGGACCUUUAGAUUAUGAGACUAACGCGCUGCCUACUGCGCUAACAGGGGAAUCACUUCCAAUUUUAUUCUUAAAGCAAAUCUAAGCUGUGUUGCUUAAAGUCAUUUUAGAAAAUAGUUUUCUGCUUUCGCUCCUGAAAACCGCGAUAAAAGUCUUUAUCAUAAACGAACCAAUGAUGAGGCAAAUCAUUUUUGAGAAAAGUGAAAUCUCAGAAAAGUCUCAGAACUCAUUGACGUAAAUUGGGUGCUGCUGGUCGAACAAUUAAUAUAGAAUUACUUUAUGGUUUUCGUGUUUGGAUGGCCUGAUCCAAACACGCGGGAAUGUUGCGAGAGUUAAGAAAAGCGCGCGAAACACGAGCCGAAGGCGAGUGAUUUUGCGCGCUUUUCUUAACUCGAGCAACAUUCCCAAGUGUUUGGAUCAGGCCGUCCAAACACGGAAACCAUAAAGUAAUUGUUUUAUAAAAUAACAACAACACGAUAGUCUUCCGUGUUUGGAUGGCCUGAUCCAAACACGGGUUUCGACCAAUCAGAGCACGUGUUAUAUACAUGUUAUUUUAUAAGUACGUUUGAAAUAUCGAUAUAUAAGACAAGCUGGUCGAAGUAGUACGUUUGAACUAUCGACGUUGAACUCGUUGACAAAUGCCCAACUUGGGGCAAACACGUCCAGUUUUAUCCCUAAUGGAAGUCUAAGCUGUGAUGAUUAAAGCUUUUUUUUGUUGACAAGCGCCCUGACAUGGGCGUACCGGAAGGAAAAAAUUAGGGGGGCGGAAACGAAUUUGCCCGACUUUUCGGGAUUUUGCCCGGCUAGAACCGAAAAAAUUUUUCCCGGAAAAAUUGUUUCGUCGACCUCUCCCCCCUCCCCCCGCCAAAAAAAUUUCGGUCAGUGUACCAUUUUAGGGGUCAAAAAUUUUUUCCGGACAUACCAAAAUUUUUCGAAACAUCACUAAAAUUUUCCAAAAAAACACAAAAUUGACCAAAAAAAUGACUGAAUUUCCGAAAAAAUUGACAGAAUUUGUCCCAUUUAUUUUUAUUACAAACCAAAAUUGCCCGACUGUUGAUCGAAUAUUGCCCGACUGCCCAAAAAACUGGGGGGGCUACCGAAUACUAAAGAAUACACACGAAAUGACAGUCAUUUGAAAGACUUGAAACCACGUCCCCCCACUCCCGGGACAUAGCGGGGAAUUUAGCACUAACCAAGUGUUAAAAAGACGUACAUUAGUUCCCCCACCCUGGGGUAAACUGGUCUGUUAAAACUUAAAACCAUGCACCGUACGGACGAAUGGGUUUCAGUUUGCAUGCAUUUGAGUUACCGGUCUUCCGCAACUUCCAGAUUGUCCGUUAAGUUUAAAUACUGUAUAUAGCUAUCAAUUAAAGGCCCUACCUCCAGAUUAGUCACCAAGUCUAUCCCCAUGGCCGUUGCGUUAGUCACCAAGUCUAUCCCCAUGGCCGUUAUCCCUGGUGUUCAGAGUGUAUUUAAUAUAUAUAGUGGCUGUUAUAUCCCGAGUCAAUUCCCCGGUUAUAAAAACAUUUAUUUAAUUCCACCAGUCCAUCGCCCUCCGGGGCAUAGCACGUUGCCCCGUGCAACAUAAAUAGCGUUAAAUCCCCGCUAAAUUUUGUUAAUCCCCCGCUAUGUCCGGGGGGGGGGGAGUGCGUGGUUUCAAAUGACUGAAGCAUAAAACAGACGACCUUUCACUCACUCGAAGAUUGUGAAAGGAUUUUUGAACAAGCGGUUGUGCAAUCUUGCAUGCCAGGGUCUUUCUGUAGGACCUGUAGCGCCGUGCGGAAGUAAAGACCCUGGCUUGCGAGGUUGGCGGUUGUGCCGUUGUGAAAGCACUGCCGCAGAAUAGACAACACAGAACUACGCGACGCCAUGGUCACAGAGAAGAGAUACAGAGAGGAAACAGACACCUUGAUAACCUGAAUUUUUGUGUCACGCGUUCCACGCGCCACGCAAAAUCUUCCAGCCAGUGCCGUCGCUGAAAUUUCAUAGCAAAAGAUAGGGAAAACGCCGUUCGAAAGGUGAAAAUCGCUUUUUUUAAAAAAAUGAGAUACCCAUGGAAAUUUUGUUCAAUAAAUUAUUGUAGAAUAACGGUAAGCGAUCACUAUCUACUCCUUAUUGUAAUCGUGAAAAGCAUUGGCUGGAGUUUCAGAUACUCAUAUAUAAAAAAAACAAAGCAGCAAAUGAUAUAAAUUCUUCAAAAUAUAACUCUUGCAUAAAAAAAAACAUGAAUACUUCUAUAAUAUGUAUAGUUGUUUCCUCUGCAUUGUCAAAAUUUAAUAAAAUAGUGAAUUAAUAUAAUUUUCUAUAGUUAGGGAAAGUACAUUUAUUAUGCCGAGGGGGGGGGAUGAAGAUGUUAAGGGGGGGCUCCGAAAUAUUUUCUGGCAUUAAAGGGGGGGCUCUGAAAGUUCUUGAUAUACUGAAGGGGGGGGCUCUAAACUUUUCAAAGGUUUGACCCCAGCAAAUAAAAGUUAAAAUUUUUACAUCAGUUUCAGGUAAAAUUUGCGUAAUAAAGUAAUUAUUUUUGUGAAAUGAUAACCAUUUUUGUAAAAUACAGUCAAUUUACAUGCAAUUUGUUUGCGAAAUUUGCUUUAGAAAACGCCAGAAAUUCAGUCCUAGAGCUUCGAAAAUGUAAAAAUUUUCUGGGGGAGGACCCCCAGACCCCCCUUUUCUCACAAAACUUAGUAUAAGAGUGCCACAAUCAAUCACAAAAAGCUUUAUUAUAAUUAUUACACGUAUAAUCCUCUGACAUCCCCCCCCAAACGUCAGAUGCUUUGCUACGUCCCUGAUGGUUGUAUUCGAAACCGAUUUCAGUUUUAAGAUAUCCUUAGUGUGCUCUUUUAAAUGGAUACAUGAAAUCGCCUAUAGCUUAUUUAAAAUUUUUUUGCGCCAGGUUUGUGAAGUAAUUUACGCGCCAAAAAGCAAAAAAGCAUAUACAAUUUGCAAGAAUGAUAUGUUCUAUGUUUAUGGAAUAUUUCGUACAAACGGGAUGGAAAUUAAAGAAAUUGAAGCAUACUGGCACUUUUGCAUGCAUUUUUGAGAGGCAUGCAAAGACAUUUGCAACAGAUGCCGGGAGAUAUGUUGGGUGGGGGCAACAUACUGUAAGGUUCCAGCACAUUACCCUGAUCCAGGAAAUCCUGGCCACUACAUGAACGUGUUCAAGACUUCAAUGAUGGAUACGCUUCAAUGAUGGACAACAACAACCUGUUGAUAAUUCCACCCCUAGAGCCAAUUUAAAAAGUUUUAAAGACGGUGCCAUUUCAUCUGGCGCUAGUGAGAUGAAAGAAGCAGCAGAUCGGUAGUUUUGUUGAGGAGAAGCACUUGAGUAUAUCAGACAUCUUGAGGAACUGCAAAUUGUAUCUAUGAUAAGAGAGAAUUCCGGAUUGUACUCCUUCGAUUCCGAAUUCUAGAGGGGGGGGGCAUUGAAAAUUUUAAAAACUUCGAGGGGGGGCAUCGAAAUUUACCGAUAACCUCAACAGGGGCCCUGUAAAAAUAUGAGCUUUUUUCAAGACAUCUUCAUCCCCCUCCCUCGGUGUAAUAAAUGUACUUUCCCUCAAUAGACUGAAUAUAUCGGCGUGACAUAAUUUGCCGCGUGUUUCCUCUCUGUACUAUUUCUCAUGGUCAAGCCAGUGCUCGUUUGAGAGGCAUUCACCCCCUGAUAAUAUUCUAAAUGGCGGACGUCCAGGGGGGGGGCAAUACCUCUCAAACGCGCAAUGGCUAGAACAAUGGCGUCAGCAUUUUGAUGAUGAAUCAUGGCGUGGCAGCGGUUACUCGAGUCACAGAAUAGGAAGGUAUAGCAGAAGUGUAACUCACUGAGCAAGUAUUUGUCCCAGUGAACUCUAAUAAGGAUUUGUCCGCGUUUUUACAAGUAAUACGUCAUGAAUCACGCCAUCCUGGCUAGUACAGCCGGCACUUUGUACCUACCAAAACCCGAUUGUACUAGCCAGGAUGGCGUGAGCGAGUUAAAAUUUUCGUGGACGUAAAACAAUAAAGGAACCGAGUCAACCGACUAAAGUUACACUUCUGCUAUACAUUCCUAUUCUGUGCUCGAGUCGACCUUCUGUAUGUCUUUGUUCUGUGGUACUGCGCCCGUCCGUAUUGAAAUCUCAGCGGAUUCAUAAUUAUAUACAUUAUACUCUAGCGCAAAUUUUACAACUGAGUUUAUCCAAUUUUUCUCCUUCAUUGAAAUUUUUUGAAGGUAAAUACUUCAAUUUUUGACAAUAUUCAAGUUUCAUAGAAUUUACAGUUUAAUACUAAGCCACUAGUGACUUUUAUAUAGUUUAUACGACUUUUAUAUUAAAUAUACAGCGUUGUUGUUGAACGUUUACUUUUACACUUUAUAGAUUUAUAACUAAUUAAUGUCUGAUCAAAUUUGUGAAGACACUGAAGAGAUAUUUUCAACAUCCAACAGCUUGGACUUAGCCAGAGAGGUAAGAAAAGAAAAACCUUAUGAGUGUGAUCUUUGUGGGAAGAGGUGUUCCAAAAAAGGAAACUUAAAUAGACAUAAACACAUCACACAUGAGAAACCUUUGUUUGAGUGUGAUAUUUGCAAGAAGACGUUUCCUCGAUUAGAUCGUUUAAACAUACAUACAAAAUCACACACUGGUGAAAAACCUUACGAAUGUGAUGUUUGCAACAAGAGAUUUUCAAACUCAGCUAAUAUGGUUGGUCCUACUAAAGAAUGCCCGGGAGUUGGGAAAGAAUGCCCAGGAGUUGGGAAAGAAUGCCCGGAAGUUGGGAAAGAAUGCCCGGGGAAAAUUAAGUUCAUAAUUACGUUAGUUUAUACUAAUAAAAUCACUUAUUUUAUGAAAGAUUAAAUAAUUCUUGUAAUAUAUGGCAUUGCAAAGUACUGUUCACGGAAUGUCCGGCUGUCACAAAAGAAUGCCCGGGAGUCGAAAAUGAAUGCCCGGGGUAAAAUUACGCAAGUAAUUACAAUAGUUAAUGAUAACAUUAACAAGUCUUUUAUUUUUUAAUGAAAGUUUCUUGUAAUAUAUGGCAUUGCAAAAACGAUUCACAGAAUGCCUGGGGAAAAUUACGUACCGCUAAUGUCUUUUUCAAAUCUACUCAGAAUAUAUCACUAUCAGUGAAAUAUAUUUUCGGUAGUGUAAAAAAAUGUUUCUUCAUCACAUUAUCACCACAAAUUAUUUAUUUGGCUUUGUAAUGCUAAGAAUUUCAAAAAUGUUGUCUUUUGUUCUGUUAAUAUUGUAUUAUAUUUGCAUGAUAAGUGCCUAUUAAAAGCGCAGAAUAACCUAAAGCCUUUAUAAUGUUGUAUAUAUAAUGUGAUGAAGAAACAUCUUUUUACACUACCGAAAAUAUAUUUCACUGAUAGUGAUAUAUUCUGAGCAGGGGCGGCGGAACAGAUUUCAUUUUGGGGGGGGGCUAAAUUUUUUUCUAAGAUGUUUCUUCAUCACAUUAUAUAUACGACAUUAUAAAGGCUUUAGGUUAUUCUGUGCUUUAGGCACUUAUCAUGCAAAUAUAAUACAAUAUUAACAGAACAAAAGACAACAUUUUUGAAAUUCUUAGCAUUACAAAGCCAAAUAAAUAAUUUGUGGUGAUAAUGUGAUGAAGAAACAUAUUUUUACACUACCGAAAAUAUAUUUCACUUGUUUCCGGACAUAUACAAGAAAAGGGAUGAAACAAAAAUUUUCGGGACCUAUAACAAAAAAAUUUUCCGGACAUACACAGUUUUUAAACAAAAUAUGGCAUAUUUUUCCCCUUAUACCUAAAUUUUCAAAAAAUACCCUAAAUGUUUUCCUUAAUUAUCAAAAUUUUUUCAGAGAAAAACAAAAUUUCUGGGGGGCUAAGCCCCCCCCCCCCCACUUUUGCUUCUGGGGGGGCUUUAGCCCCCCUAGCCCCCCCUGUUCCGCCGCCCCUGAUUCUGAGUAGAUUUGAAAAAGACAUUGGCGGUACGUAAUUUUCCCCAGGCAGGCAUUCUGUGAAUAGUUUUUGCAAUGCCAUAUAUUACAAGAAAAAUAGUCUAUUUUGAAGGCUUUAAAACGCAGUUUCGAUUCUAACGUACUGCAGACCAACUGGCGGCCGACAGGAGAAUGAUUGUACUGUACUGAGGAUAUGUAGCGUACAACUUUACUUGUGCAUGUAAUCACAGAUGUAAUCUUGGACUCUGUCUUAUCUCUGUUUUUAUGCGCCCAAUAAGGACAAAAAUACCACCGUUCGAUUCAGCGUAAGAAAUUGUACUCACAGAUGUCAAAAGUAUUACUAAACAACAGUAUUCUAGCGAUUUAUGGCCUUUGAAAGUCAAGCGAAAUUGUUUUUGUUGACAAAUCGCUCAAAAUUAUUAAACUAUAAUUAAAAAUGCAGUACGUUUGAUUAAACUUUGGUAUCGUUGGUUUUCUCUUUUCGGCCGUAUACCAGUAUAUUCAUCUCACUUUUCUCUUCAUUUUGAUAGUAUUUCAUGUGCUAAACCCUGGACGAUGGACGUCCAUCGUCCAAUAAAACCUGGACGAUGGACGUCCAUCGUCCAGCGUCCAGUCCAUCGUCCAGGGUUUAGCACAUGCCUCAUAAAAUAAGUGAUUUUAUUAGUAUAAACUAACGUAAUUAUGAACGUAAUUUUCCCCGGGCAUUCUUUCCCAACUCCCGGGCAUUCCUGGGCAUUCAACGAAUCUCCCCGGGCGUUCCCGGGCAUUCCAGGGCAUUCUUUAGUAGGACCCAAUAUGGUAACACAUAAAAUCCCCUAUUAUUCUAAAAGAAAUUCCGGCAUAAUGUGUGUGUCCCUAUGGCUGAUGAUUAAGUAGAAUAUAUAAAGUUUCAAACGCACAUAACUGUUGAACAAGUUUUUUGCCAGUCCCCGGUUAUCCCUGGUGUAUUUCAGAGUGUAUUUAAUAUAUAGCGGCUGUUAUAUCCCGGGUCAAUUCCCCGGUUAUAAAAAACAUUUAGUUAAUUCCACCGCCCUCCGGGGCACAGCACGUUGUUAAAUAGCUUUAAAUCCCCCUAAAAUUUUCUUAAUCCCUUGCUAUAUCCCUUGCGAUACUCUUCGUCCCAAUUACGAACUGAUACUCAACUACGGGAGAUAGAGCUUAGUGAUACUAUGUCAUUAGCUCCCAAAAUUGAUGAAGUGAGUUGUUUUGUCACAGAAAAGAGUCCUGACCUUGCCUGUAUAACGGAAACAUGGUUAAACGACCGUAUCUCAGAUUCCUGCCUCGAUAUUCCAGGUUACAAUUUUGUUCAUAAAAACCGCAGUGUGGGUUCCCACGGAGGGGUUGGGGUGUAUAUCAGGAACACGAUAUUUUAUAAGCCUCUGAAUCAUCUCCACCAUACAGAUUACGAAGUUCUGUGGGUCUAUUUUCGUCCAAGUAGACUUCCUCUCGGGUUUUCCUGCUUGAUACUUGGUGUCGUUUACCAUCCACCUAAUGCUAAUGAUGAUGAAAUGCUCCAAUUUCUCUCCACAUCACUGAUUACUAUUGAAAGCACCUAUCCUGGCUGUGGGUUUAUUCUUGCAGGUGACUUUAAUCGGUUAAAAUGCAAUCGGAUAUUAACACAGUUCAGUUGCAAACAGAUUGUUAACGUUUCCACAAGGGCCAACCAGACUUUGGAUUUAAUAAUAACCAACUUACAUUCGUUUUAUGAUAAGAACUCUGUCGAAAAAUUUCCGCCAUUUGGUCUUUCAGAUCAUAAUGUUGUGAUUGUCAAUCCUUGCAAAAGAGAACCCAAGUCAUGCAGUGGAAGAAUUAUCUCUAGGAGAGAUUUACGAUCUAGUAAAAGGCAUGAGCUUGGAAGAUACCUUACAUCUAUCGAUUGGUCCUCUCUGAAUCAUUUUGACACAUGCGAAAUGAAACUCCAGUAUUUUGAAGAGUUAGUACGUCUCGGUAUUAGCACCAUUAUGCCAAUAAAGAAAACGGCUUUGCAUGUACACGAUCCUCCAUGGAUUACUGCAGAAUUUAAAGAGCUUAUAAGGAAGCGUCAAGCUGCCUUCUGCAGUGGAAAUACCUUUCAGUUCAAGUAUUACCGGAAUCGGGUUAACCGCGAGCGAAAGACAUGCCGGGCGAAAUUCUACUCUUCAAAAGUAAAGAAUCUUAAAUCGACCAAACCGAAGAGAUGGUGGAAGGAGGUGAAGCAGAUUGCUGGUAUGGUACCUACAACCGGCUCCGAUGACCUAUGUAGUCAACUUCAUUUAGACGAUAUCGAGAAUAUGCAACGUCCUGACAUUGCGAAUUUAAUUAAUAACGCCUUUUUGGAGCCCAUGAACUCCUUCAAUCCACUGUCAACCCUUCCCCCCUUUGAUAAUUAUUCCUCUUUUCAAGUAAACGAACUGGAAGUCUUUCAUUUAUUGAAAGCAAUUAAUCGUGGAAAGGCGUCAGGUCCUGACGAAAUUCCCAAUUGGGCUCUUAAGGAAUAUGCUGAAAUCCUCGCACAGCCAGUAUGCGCUGUGCUAAACAGCAGCUAUGCCGAACAACAACUACCUAAAUCUUGGAAGCUUGCCAACAUUGUGCCCCUCAUAAAAACUAAGCCCGUUAGCGACAUUUGUAAGCAGUUACGACCAAUUUCACUUACUGCCGCUAUUUCGAAAAUCGGUGAGGACUGUGUUGUUAAAAAAUACAUUGCUCCAGCUAUCAUGAGUAUAAUCGAUCCAAGUCAAUAUGGAGUAAUACCAAGAAGUUCAACUACUCUCGCUGUUAUAUCUAUGAUCCAUGAAUGGUCGCAAGCUACUGAUGGCACUGGCUCUGCUGUCAGAGUCAUCCUGUUCGAUUAUAGAAAAGCAUUCGACCUUAUCGAUCAUGCUUUAUUGGCUGAUAAAAUUUCCAAUUUAGCUAUUCCACGUGCGGUUGCUCGCUGGACAAUCGAUUUUUUGAUGAAUCGAAAGCAGAGAGUGAAAUUAUCCAAUGACUGUUAUUCGGAGUGGGGUGAUGUACUCUCCGGUAUCCCUCAAGGUACAAAAUUAGGGCCCUGGCUAUUUUGUUUAAUGAUAAACGAUCUUGAUAUUUGUGAUAUAUCGAGGUGGAAGUUUGUUGAUGACACAACAGUUGCUGAAGUAGUUAGUAAGGACACAGAGAGCCGUGUUCAAGUCGCAGUUGAUGUUGUGGAAGAUUGGUCGAAGGCAAAUGGGCUAUCUCUUAACGCUGAGAAAUGUAAAGAACUGAGAAUCGAUUUUAAAAAAAUUAAACAACCUUUUGAUCCUGUACUGGUGGGUGGAGAAGCAUUGCCUAUAGUUGAGAGUGCAAAAAUAUUGGGUCUUGUUAUGACAGGCACACUUCAGUGGAAAGAUAACAUCAGAGAGAGUAUAAAGAAAGCUAAUAAACGUACACCUCUAUUUUAUAGUAUUAUUGAAACGGGCAUGCGUAAAUGUCAAUGAUGUCUUGAACUUUUAUUGUACAGUGAUCAGGCCUGUGCUCGAGUAUUGUGCGCAAGCCUUCCAUCAUUCCAUUCCAAAGUAUUUGGCAGACGAACUUGAGACUGUCCAGAAACGUGUGCUAAAAAUUUUAUCUCCUGAAAUGACAUAUUGUGAGGCCCUUGAGUAUUAUAGACUGCCUACUCUAUUUCAAAGAAGAGAGGACAUGUGUGACAAACUCUUUACGAGUAUCAUCAAGGAUCCAAUGCAUAAACUUCAUCAUCUGCUGCCCCCGAAGAACGAGACUGAUUAUUCUUUCAGGACGAAUCGGUAUUUUAAUAUGUACGUUACACGCACGAACCGCUUUUAUAACUCUUUUAUCCCUGCUAUGUGUAGGAAGUUUGUAGGAUAGAUUUUAUGCUUAUUUUAAUCGAAUUUUGAUCGUGGGUGAGUUUUAUAAUAUUGUAUUAAUAAUAUAUUUAUAUGUAGUGCAUGUGAUAAUAUGUAAUCCACGCAAUUCAGCUUCUGGCUGCAAUGUGGUUUCAAUUUAAUAAUAAUAAUAAUAAUAAUCAAAAUUAAAUUAAAAAACACGACGUCGCUAAUUGCCUAAGAAAUCUUGAUACAUCCAAAGCAAGUGGUCCCGACGGAAUUCAUGCACGUCUUCUAAAAGAAUGCAGCCAAGAAAUCGCUCCGAGUCUUUGUUCUCUCUUCAACCUCUCCCUACAAUCUAGUUGGAUUCCUUCCGAGUGGAAAUCAGCAGACGUCGCACCGAUCCAUAAGAAAGAAUCGAAGGAGCCAGCGGAAAACUAUCGGCCCAUUUCGUUACUGUCAAUUGUCAGUAAAGUCUUGGAACGCUGUGUGUACUUUAGAUUUCACGACCACAUUCUACAUCACAUUAGCCAAGCUCAACAUGGCUUUCUUCGAAAAUGCUUGUGUGUGACUCAACUGCUAUCAGUAUUCCACACUAUUGGACAUGAUCUAGAUAAUAAUAUUCAGACGGACGUCUUGUAUCUGCUAAGGCUUUCGACUCCAUGGAUCAUGCAAUCGUUCUCGAGAAACUACGUGGUUACGGUGUGACAUGGUCGGUUUUGGGUUGGUUCGCAGACUAUUUGAAUGGUAGGACUCAGAGAGUCGUUGUAGAUGAUGUGGCUUCGACGUGGUCACCAGUCACCUCUGGAGUGCCUCAAGGAAGUAUUCUCGGUCCGUUAUUGUUUGUCAUCUUCAUUAACGAUCUCCCAGAUGUUGUGCAAAAUGGAACUGAAACAGCCCUGUAUGCUGAUGAUACUAAAUUGCACAAUACAAUUACCUCUACUGAUGACUGCAAAUGUUUACAACAAUUGUUGACAAAUCUGAAUUGCUGGAGUGUACAAACAACAUCCGUUUCAAUGCUUCUAAAUGCAAAGUACUCACCAUUACACGCAAGAAGACUCCUGUCACUUAUGAUUACAAACUGGGAACAGAAAGUCUGACUCGAGUUGACAGUGAAAAGGAUCUUGGCGUCCUCACUUCCUCCGGACUUUCAUGGGAACUUCAAAUCAAUUGUGUCAUCUCCAAGGCUAACAAAAUGUUAGGUGUACUGAAACGAACAUGUAAUCAACUAACAGACAGAAAAGCCAGGCGAACUCUUUAUUUGACUCAUGUGUGCAAUUAUGCUAUGCAACGGAACUUUGGUCACCCGUAAAUAACAUCCAACUCUCAAAGCGGGUUGAAAGAGUGCAAUGUCGGGCGACGAGAUGGAUCAUGAUGAGCAGAAGCGGAGAGCUGAGCUACAAACAACGUCUGUUGGCCUUGGACCUUCUGCCGUUAACCUUCGACAGGGAGGUUAAGGACUUGGUGUUUCUAUACAAGGCUUUGUUUGGUUAUGUGAAUGUUGAUGUCAGUAACUGUGUCUCGUUUGUCAGUCACGGUCGAACUCGGCUGAGUAACACCUCAACGUACACUCUACAAAGUCAAAUUUGUAGAACAAGCACUUUUCAAUCUUCGUACUAUAAUCGUAUUGUCAAACUGUGGAACAUUGUAUGUAAAGAUGUAUGUUUGGACACUGUGUCUAGUCCUAGUUCUUUUAAAUGUUUAGUUAAACGUAGAUACUCUAGUAUUGUGGAUUCUAUUUAUGAUGUUGACUUGUCAUGUACGUGGUCCUUGUUUCGUGACUGUUCGUGUCAUAGGACGUAAAUUGUGGUGCACUAGGCGGUUGUGUCUUGUGUGUGUAAUGUUAUAUAAACUAGUUUUAGUAACGUUUGGGAAGGUAUCUUGCAUGGUUCUUUGAGUCCCAUUUAUACCUUGCCCAUUUAGGGUCUAUAUUCUAUUAAUAGUUUGAUUGAAUAUUUUAUACGUUUUUUUUCUUUGUAAUAUAUGAUUAAUUGACCCUAAUAAAGAUGAUAAUAAUAAUGUCGUGGGGUGGGGGUGGUUUCAAAUGACUGAAGCAUAAAACAGACGACCUUUCGACACUCAGGCGUAAAAAAAAAUACCUGUGGUUCCGGUUCCCGACCGACCCUAUUUUUUUCUGCCGACCCUAAUUUUUUUACGAUAUGAAACCGGAACCACAGGUAUUCUUUCUUUACACCUCACUCCAAAAUUGUGAAAGGAUUUUUGAACAAGCAGUUGUGCAAUCUUGCAUGCCAGGGUCUUUACUGUAGGACCUGUAGCGCCGUGCGGAAGUAAAAACCCUGGCUUGCGAGGUUGGCGGUUGUGCCGUUGUGAAAGCACUGCCACAGAAUAGACUACACAGAAGCCCAACUUCUUGGUUUUUCCUGAUUUUCCAAUGAUUUUGGCGUAACCGUAAUUCGUCAUCAAAAUGCUGACGCCAUGGUCCAGCACUGCGACGCCAUGGUCCAGCCAGUGCGCGUUUGCGAGGCAUUCACCCCCUGAUAAUAUUCCAAAUGGCGGACGUCCAGUGGGGGAAUGCCUCUCAAACGCGCAAUGGCUAGAACAAUGGCGUCAGCAUUUUGAUGAUGAAUCAUGGCGUGGCAGCGGUUACUCGAAUUGACCUUCUGUUUGUCUUUAUCAGCUGAGGUCUUUAUUCUGUGGCACUGCGCCCAUCCGUAAUGAAAUCUCAGCGGAUUCAUAAUUAUAUACAUUAUACUCUAGCGCAAAUUUUACAAAAAAGGCAAAUGCAACAAAGUUGAAUUUUAUUAAAUCACUAUUUUCAUUAUUUUACAAUUUAUUUUUAUAUAUUUCUCCUUCAUUACAACUUUACCAUAUUUUGCAUGCACUGGCUAACAUUGUGAAAAUUUGAUGAAAAUCUGAUUGAUUUCAUAGAAUUUACAGUUUAAUACUAAGCCACUAGUGUAGGGCCCUCAUUGAUACCAGUGAUAUAUUACUGAAGAGGUUAUACCCUACGGAAAUAAAUUUGAUUUGAUUUGAUUUGAUUUAGUGACUUUAUAGUUUAAACGACUUUUAUAUUAAAUAUACAACGUUGUUGUUGAACGUUUACUUUUACACUUUAUAGAUUUAUAACUAAUGUCUGAUCAUUGUGAAGACACUGAAGAGAUAUUUUCAACAUCCAACAGCUUGGACUUAGCCAGAGAGGUAAGAAAAGAAAAACCUUAUGAGUGUGAUGUUUGUGGGAAGAGGUGUUCAAAAAAAGGAAACUUAACUAGACAUAAACAAACACAUGAGAAACCUUUGUUUGAGUGUGAUAUUUGCAAGAAGACGUUUCCUCGACUAGAUCGUUUAAACAUACAUACAAGAUCACACACUGGCGAAAAACCUUACGAAUGUGAUGUUUGCAACAAGAGAUUUCCCAUCUCGGCUAAUAUGGUAAGACAUAAAAGAAUACACACAGGAGAGAAACCCUAUGAAUGCGACGUUUGUAAGAGGAGAUUUUCUCAGGCAACUGAUUUGGGGAGACAUAAACAAACACACACUGGGGAGAAACCUUAUGAAUGUGAUAUUUGCAAGAAGAAGUUUGCCCAGCCUGGCUACUUAGUAAUACAUACCAGAAUACACACUGGAGACAAACCUUAUGAAUGUGAUGUUUGUACCAAGAAAUUUUCCCACUCAAGCCAGUUAGCAAAACAUAAACGAAUUCACACUGGAGACAAACCUUAUGAAUGUGAUGUUUGUACCAAGAAAUUUUCCCACUCAACUAAGUUAGCACAACAUAAACGAAUUCACACUGGAGACAAUCGUUUAUAUGAAUGUGACCUCUACAACAAGAGGUUUUGUACAUCCGGAAAUUUAGAAACACAUAAAAGAGCGCACCCUGAGGCCCAACCUUAUGAAUGUGAUGUUUGUAAGAAGAGAUGUUCUUCUUCACACAAUUUAGCAAUACAUAUAAGAACACAUACCGGGGAACAACCUUACGAAUGUGAUGUUUGCAGUAAGAGAUUUUCUCAACCGAGCAAUUUGGUAAGACAUAAAAAAACACACACCGGAGAGAAACCCUAUGAAUGUGAUGUUUGUUACAAGAGAUUUUCUCAGGCAACUGAUUUGGUGAGGCAUAAACGAAUUCACACUGGGGAGAAACCCUAUGAAUGUGAUGUAUGCCAAAAGAAAUUUUGUCACCCAGCAAGUUUACCAAAACACAAAAGAACACACACUGGGGACCAAUGUUAUGAAUGUGAAGUUUGUACAAAGAAAUUUUCCCAGCCAGGAAACUUAGCAAAACAUAAAAAAGACAAGCAUUGCUUUGAAUGUAAUGUUUGCAAGGAGACAUUUUCUCAGUCCACUGAUUUAGUAAUGCACGAGGCAUUACAUUUGACAACACAAAUUAUAUCUGAGGAUUCUACAGAGCUGUUUCCAACAUCAAGCAACUUUGACUUUACACAAAAUCAAGAAACACCCAAUGCUUAUGAAUGUAAUGUUUGCAAAGAGCAAUUUUGUCAGUUAAGUGAGUUGGAAAUGCAUAAAACAUUACAUUUAGCAACACAAAUUGUAUCUGAUGAUUAUGUGGAAUUGUGUUCAGCAUCGAGUGACUUUGCACAAAAUGAAGGAACACUCAAUGCUUAUGAAUGUGACAUUUGCAAGGAAAAGUUUUGUCAUUUAAAUGAUUUAGAAAUGCAUAAAGCGUUACAUUUAACAACACCAAUUACAUCUAACAAUUGUGCAGAGUCGUUUUUGACAUCCAGCAACCAAGACUUUGCACAAGAAGGAACACACAAUUCUUAUGAAUGUGAUGCUUGCAAGAUGACGUUUUCCCAAUCAGAACAUUUAGAGAAUCAUAAGAGAACACACACUGUAGACAAGCCUUAUGGAAAUGAUGUUUGCAAUGAAAGAUGUUCUCAGUCAGCCGAUUUAGGAACACAUGAAACAUCGCAUUUAACAACAGAAAGUGAGCCUGACCUUUGUGAAGAUAUGUUUUCAACUGAGAGCAGCUUGGACUCAACAAGAGAAGAAACAGUAUUCAAAUCUUUCGAAUGCGAUGAUUGCAAGAUGGAAUUUUCCCAGUUAGAAAAUUUGGAGAAACAUAAGAGAACACACACUGUAGACAAACCUUAUGAAUGUGAUGUUUGUAAGAAGAGGUGUUCCAAAAAAGGAAACUUAACUAGACAUAAACAAACACAUGAGAAACCUUUGUUUGAGUGUGAUAUUUGCAAGAAGACGUUUCCUCGAUUAGAUCGUUUAAACAUACAUACAAGAUCACACACUAGUGAAAAACCUUACGAAUGUGAUGUUUGCAACAAGAGAUUUUCCAUCUCGGCUAAUAUGGUUAGACAUAAAAGAAUACACACAGGAGAGAAACCCUAUGAAUGCGACGUUUGUAAGAGGAGAUUUUCUCAGGCAACUGAUUUGGGGAGGCAUAGACGAACACACACUGGGGAGAAACCUUACGAAUGUGAUAUUUGCAAGAAGAAGUUUGCCCAGACUGGCUACUUAGUAAUACAUACCAGAAUACACACUGGAGACAAACCUUAUGAAUGUGAUGUUUGUACCAAGAAAUUUUCCCACUCAACUAAGUUAGCACAACAUAAACGAAUUCACACUGGAGACAAACCAUAUGAAUGUGAUGUUUGUACCAAGAAAUUUUCCCACUCAAGUAAGUUAGCAGGACAUAAACGAAUUCAUACUGGAGACAAUCGUUUAUAUGAAUGUGACCUCUGCAACAAGAGAUUUUGUACAUCAGGAAAUUUAGAAACACAUAAAAGAGCACACCCUGAGGGCCAACCUUAUGAAUGUGAUGUUUGUAAGAAGAGAUGUUCUUCUUCACACAAUUUAGCAAUACAUAGAAGAACACAUACCGGGGAACAACCUUACGAAUGUGAUGUUUGCAACAAGAGAUUUUCUCAACCGAGCAAUUUAGUAAGACAUAAAAAAACACACACCGGAGAGAAACCCUAUGAAUGUGAUGUUUGUUACAAGAGAUUUUCUCAGGCAACUGAUUUGGUGAGGCAUAAACGAAUUCACACUGGGGAGAAACCCUAUGAAUGUGAUGUAUGCCAAAAGAAAUUUUGUCACCCAGCAAGUUUACCAAAACACAAAAGAACACACACUGGAGACAAACAUGAAUGUGAGUUUGUACAAAGAAAUUUUCCCAGCCAGGAAACUUAGUAAAUUAUACCUGAUGACUCUGCAGAGCUGUUUUCAACAUCAAGCAACUUUGACUUUUACAAGGAGACACACCCAUACUGGCAAGUUAGUAAUGCAUAGGAGAGUACAUACAGCUAAUUGCAUUAAGAUGUCCUCCAAAUGACAUGAAUAUAUUCGGUUACGCUUUUUUCACGUAUAAUGAAUAUGCGAGAUGAAUAUUUUAUUCAUAACAACGUACUUUUCGUGCUUGGCUUUUACCUUUUAGCUUUGUCGGCGGACAAUCUUAAUGCAAUUUAUAGCUGUAUACUGGUGACCAACCUUAUUAAAGUGAUGUUUGUAAAAUGAGAUUUUUUCAAUCAAGCAAUGGACCAGUUGCAUUAUAGACUAAAUUUUGAUCUAAACAAGUCUAGACAAAAAUUUCAUCACAGCUUGAAAGAGCGUCACAAUAUUAGCAAUAUUCCAAAGUUUCGUUGCUAAAUGUUGUAAAAUGCGGAUAAUAUAGCCUUGCGAAGUUUGCCGUUUUUCAGUCAUUACCCCAAAGGGUAUUCAUAUUCAGUUUUCAUACCCCAAAGGGUAUUGGGCUGUCAAUUUCCCCCGCGUAAUGCAAAAUGACUGAAAAACGGCAAACUUCGCAAGGCUAUAUUAUCCGCAUUUUACAACAUUUCGCAACGAAACUUUGGAAUAUUACUAAUUUUGUGAUGCUCUUUCAAACUGUGAUGAAAUUUUUGUCUCGACUUGUUUAGAUCAAAAUUUAGUAUAUAAUACAAAUGGUCCAUUUAGUAAGACAUAAGCGAAAACACACUGGAGAUCAACUUUAUGCAUGUGAUGUAACUGAUGUUUGCAUUAAGGGAUUUUCUCAAUCACAUGCAGGGCAGCCAAGAGGUUGCGUUGCGCGUGCACAACUUUCCCAGGGCGCCCGUAUGACCUCAUAAUUGUAAAGCUGCGGGAAUAUUGCUCUUUAUUAGAGAGGUUAAGAUACCCCGGUUUCGGUGUACGGGUACGAGUAGUGUCAUCUUGUUUUACUAAUGUCUGUAAUUCGAUCAUACUUUUUCUGUUUUUUUUGCAAUAGACAAUGAUAUAAUGCGAAAAAUGUGAACCUUAAUUACGAGUAAAGGUACAGACAUCGACGAAAAUAUUGCUAACCAAAAUCAUGCUACUCGUACACGUACACCGAAACCGGGGUAUCUUAACCUGUAUAUUGCAUAUUAUCCGGCUCUAACUCAGUUAAGAGAUCUUGUAUCAAAAAAUUUUAGGGUCUUUGUUGCUUUGGGGGCUCCUUUUGAGCUGAUGAUCCGGAACAAUGUGUCUGCCCCCUCUCACGGCGACCCUGAUAACUGACUAGAUAAAUUAGCGAGUCAUAAGAAAACACACAAUGAAGCCCAUCUAUGUGAAAGUGAUGUUUUGCAAGAAGUGAUUGUAACUAUCAACACGUGAAACGGCAUAUUUUCAACACACUAGAGACAAGCAAUGAAUUAUAUACUUUAAAUGUUUUAUCAAAAAGACGUUCUCCUUUUAAGGAGCUUUGUAAUAUCUAAGGAUAUAACCUUUAGUAUUCUUCUUUCCACGUUUAAAUCUGUAUUAAAUAUCAAUAAUUAAUAUUGAUUGUUAAUGUUACAUAAAUAUAAGGUAAAACACAUUUUAGCUUUGUUUCAUUUUGGGUUUGCGAGCUGACUCCAUUCCUAACCCUGUGGCUAUGCGUUAAAUUUUAUGCGUGAUUUAGGCCCGGGUCAAACGUCUAUUGCGGCGAAUCUAAUAACUGUAUUAAUGGCUACAUAAGAGCGACGUUUGAUUAGGUUAAGUUCCAAAUGCCUUUCUCGCACCUAACCCAGCAGAACGGAUUAGGUGCGAUAGAGGCAUGGGAGCGACAUGUCUGGUGUCGCACUAUCCGACUUUGGGGCGACAGCAGUUCAAACGUCGCAUACGGGAGGAAUUUUGGGUCCAACGAAAUACAUUUCGAUACGACACUAGAGCGACGUUUGAGCGGUGUCAAAUGAAACGUUGAACAUAUGUCGCUCGCGAUGUAAGUCAUGAAUUAACAUAUAGAUACGUAAAAUGACAUAUAAUAUAGAUUGAAAUAAUCGAUCCAUCAGGUUCGGUGGAUGUCCGACGUUUCUAAAAUUGUCUGACCAACACAAAUUGUUCCCAAAAUAUGUGUCACCAGUAAGUCUUGUAUUCUGCCGGAUUUUAAGGUACAAUUUGCCCGACUUCUCACUACAAAAUACCAUGGCUGCAGAUCCCCACCCCAUCUUCUACGCCUAUGGUUCGACGCAUGAAAUGAACGACAUUCGACCCGGGCCUUAGUUGUAGUUGCUGUAAUGAUGGUUCGAAACAGUGUUAAAACUUGUUUAAUUCAGGUUGAAACCAAGCAUUGCUCCAUGUAAAUGAAGGGAUUAUUGGCCAGUGGUUGAACCCCGCGCUUCCCAGGUUGAACAUCUUGCCAGGAUCUUGUAAGAUCUUACAGGAUCUUGCUAAGAUCUUGUCAAGAAAUUAUCGUGGCCAGAUCUUGCUAUGAUCUUGGCAAGAAUUUCUUAUUUUCCUGCCAAGAUCUUGAUACAUUUUAAAAACAAAAUUAAAGUACACUUUUGUCAAGAUCUUGCCAUAAUCUUUCUAGAUCUUGCCAUGAUCAUUUCAAGAUGUCCACAAGAUCCUGCCAUGAUUUUACUAUAAUGUUGUCAAGAUCUUGCCGUGAUAGUUCAAUAUCUUGCCAUGAUCGUUCAAGAUCGUGCCAUGAACUUGUCAAAAUUUCCACAAGAUGUUGCCAUGAUUUUACUAUAAUGUUGUCAAGAUCUUGCCAUGAUCUUUCAAAAUCUUGCCAUGAUUAUGUCAAGAUUUCCACAAGAUCUUGCCAUGAUUUUACUAUAAUGUUGACAAGAUCUUGCCAUGAUCUUUCAAAAUCUUGCCAUGAUUAUGUCAAGAUUUCCACAAGAUCUUGCCAUGAUUUUACUAUAAUGUUGUCAAGAUCUUUCCGUGAUAGUUCAAUAUCUUGCCAUGAUUGUUCAAGAUCUUGUUAAGAUUUCCACAAGAUCUUGCCAUGAUCUUGCCAUGAUUUUACUAUAAUGUUGUCAAGAUCUUUCCGUGAUAGUUCAAUAUCUUGCCAUGAUUGUUCAAGAUCUUGUUAAGAUUUCCACAAGAUCUUGCCAUGAUCUUGCCAUGAUUUUACUAUAAUGUUGUCAAGAUCGCCGUGAUUGCAUUAAGAUUUCCACAAGAUCUUGCCAUGAUUAUGUCAGAUUUUCACAAGAUCUUGGCAUGAUUUUACUAUGAUCUUGUUACAAUCUUGCCAGGAUCUUGCAUGACCCUUCAAAAUCUUCGUUUGCAUGACUUCAUAAUCCUCCUUAUGUAGUACGGACAAAGUUUUACUCUCAAUAGUGUUCUUCACAUAUAAGCAUUACAAUGGUGCUUUCGUUUUAAGGGAGGGGGAUAUUCGCUAUAAGGAUUACAAUGGUGCUUUUCGUUUUAAGGGGGGGAUAUUCGCUGAGAUAUCUACAAUUAGAAACAAUAAAAAUCGUAAAAAUUUUAAAUUGGGGCGUGACGAGAAAUUAACCCGUUUACUGCCACUCACGAGUAAAGUUGUCCGGCGUUGAUAGACAGUAUCACAGUAAAUACUAAAGUAGGUCGCAUUGCCAGCCAGUGGGGGCUAAUAAGAGACAUUUUAAUACUGACAGUACUCUAACACUGACAAGUAAAAUCGUCUGGCGUUACAGAGUGUAAAUUUGUCUGGGGUUAGACGAAUUAAUACUAAAGUAGGGUGCAUUAGUAAGCUAAUGGGUAUGCCGUUUAUCCACUUUUGACCCAAUGGCCUCAUUUUCAUGUUUGUCACUUACUCGUGUUCCGUGCACACAGUUUAAUAAUAAGUUUGUGAUUGGUCUUUAAAUCAUAAAAUGAUGAAUGAGAAACAAAUUUGUAGGGGAUAUAACGUUCAUGUGCAGGCCUGCUAUGCUACCAAUGAUAAAACCUGGAAAUGAGGGCAUUGGGUCAAAAGUAAACUUCCCUUUAGAGAAUUGUCUAGAAGUACACUCUUUUGCAUUCAGUUCAUGUCGCCAAACGGCAGCACUUUCCUUGCGAUAGUAACUCCUAGUAUAUAGCGGCUGUUAUAUCCCGGGUCAAUUCAAUUAACUAAAUAGUUCAUUCCACGGCCCUCCGGGGCAUAGCAGUAGCACGUUGUUAAAUAGCGCUAAAUCCCCGCUAAAUUUUGUUAAUCCACCGCUAUGUCCGGGGGAGUGUGCGUGGUUUCAAAUGACUGAAGCAUAAAACAGACGAUCUUUCACUCACUCCAAGAUUGUGAAAGGAUUUUUGAACAAGCGGUUGUGCAAUCUUGCAUGCCAGGGUCUUUACUGUAGGACCUGUAGCGCCGUGCGGAAGUAAAGACCUUGGCUUGCGAGGUUGGCGGUUGUGCCGUUGUGAAAGCACUGCCACAGAAUAGACUCACAGAAGCCCACGACUUCUUAAGGCCCAUUUACACGAUACGAUUAGUUGUAUACGAUUGUCAUCCUGACGAAUGAAAACGAGUGCUAAUGCCACGUUAUUGCUCAUUCACUAAUGGCGAAAUUUGAAAUGUGACGUUUGUAAGUGUGUUUAUUCGAUCACAUACGCCAGAGUAAGAAUCGUAUACAACUAAUCGUACCGUGUAAAUGGACCUUUAGUUUUUCCUAUGAUUUUCCAAUGAUUUUGGCGUAACCAUAAUUCGUCAUCAAAAUGCUGACGCCAUGGUCCAGCAGUGCGACGCCAUGGUCACAGAAAAGAAAAUGGACCAGAGGUGUCGUGAUUACACUUCCUGGCUCGCGCCUGCGCAUAAAAAAAUCUCGGACAUAAUUUUGGCUAAGUGAGGCUUCUGGGAGGGUCUUAAUGGGGGUCUUUGGGUGUCAGUUGUCAGCUAAAAUUUAAGCCAGUUGUCAGUGCGAUAUAUUGUAAGCUGUCAGUAGUCAGUUACUGCAAAAUGCUGACUUAUAAUUUUUUUCAUCAUUUCUCAGUAGUCAGUUAGGAUAUUUUGUCAGUUGUCAGUCAAAAAUUCAGGCAAAUGUCAGUAGUCAGUUAACCCCAUUCAGACUCUCUUCUGGUCUAUUUUCUAUUCUGUGCCAUGGUCCAGCCAGUGCGCGUUUGAGAGGCAUUCACCCCCUGAUAAUAUUCAAAAUGGCAGACGUCCAGGGGGGAAUGCCUCUCAAACGUGCAAUGGCGUCAGCAUUUUGAUGAUGAAUCAUGGGGCAUCAACUAUUUCGCUGACCUCAGAAUGACAUUUCGUCAAAACACUUUUCUUCAAGAUUGGUUUAUAAACAAAUUUGGAGUAGGGUUAGGGUAAGGAUUAGGGUUAGGGUUGGUGUUUGGAGUAGGGUUAGUGUUAGUAAAACCAUUGCUUUGUUACGUUUUGUCACUCCGAGGCCAGCGAAAUAAUCUCUUCCGAAUCAUGGACAUAGAGAUUAUAAAUAACACUAGAGGAGGCAUCGAGUUUAAAAAUUGGGAACGCAACUAAUGGGGGGGAAAUUCAAGUCCCGGACAGGGCCGCCGAGAGGUUGGCUGGGGCCCGGGGCAAAUUUUUUUUUAGGGGCCCCUAUCUAAAAAAUUAUUCCCGGAAAAAUCCCCCCCCCCCGUCGCCAAAAAAUUUUCGGUCAGUGAGUGUACCAUUUUAGGGGUACAAAAAUUUUCCGGACGAGUACGUUGCAAAUUCUUUCGAGGGACUUUAUCUCAUUUUUUAUGCCAAAAUUCGGUACUUAUGCCCAAAAAACAGAUAUCUUGUCCUUUGUGCGGAAAUAUUUAAUACACAAAAAAGGCUGGGGCCCAACAAAAAUUUUUCAGGGGCCCCCAGCAACUCGGGGCCAGGGGCAAUUUGCCCCCCCCCCCUGCCCCGCCUCCCCCUCUCGGCGGCCCUGGUCCUGGAUAUAAAAUCGUACUCUCAUUGGCUGAUUUGAAACUCGUCACCAAUGAGAACACGAAUACACAUCCAGGACUUGAAUUUGCCACAACCUCGUACCCAGGCUCUUAAGGUUGGGCGUGGCAGCGGUUACUCGAGUCGACCUUCUGUAUGUCAACAGGUGCAUAGAGAUUAUAAAUAACACUAGAGGAGGCAUCGAGUUUAAAAAUUGGGAACGCAGCUAAUGGGGGGCAAAUUCAAGUCCCGGAUAUAAAAUCGUGCUCUCAUUGGCUGAUUUGAAACUCGUCACCAAUGGGAACACGAAUACACAUCCGGGACUUGAAUUUGCCCCCCAAUAGUCGCGUUCCCUUUUUUUUUACUGAAUUAAGAUUACAAUGUCCUCUAUAGUCUAGGACCUGUAUAUGAGUUUGUAUGCAUUUCAUUUAGGACAGAUAAUCUCAACUGUUUUAGGGUAAGUUGACCAUGACGGUCAACACGGUAACGCUGCCCGAACCCCAAUCCGGGGCGAAACGUCCGAAACUGACCACACCCAAAAACGACGCUUUCGCCAUACUGCUAUCUACCAAACCAUAAAAACUUUGGCUAUUCUGAGGUGCUUAUAUGGUUCAGAGAUGGUACUUUUGGGGGUGGUCAUUGGUAAGUGUGAAAUGCCAAGCACUAAUAUUUCACAAGAAAAUGGCCAUGCAAUAAUCAUAGUUAAACGUCAAUUUGUGGCUUGCAAAUUCAGAUAAACAGCAGUGGACUUACAUUACCUUUUUUCCUAAAUCGUUUUGAUAGAAACAUAAAUGGUACUUAUUUAAAUAUAUUAUCACUGGUUUGGUGUAAAAUAGUUAAUAUUUUCUGACCGAAAUAAUAAUUUGAAAUGUGCCUACCUCCUGCAAAUGGACGUAUUUGGCCAAGUUCUCCACUUUACUCCGCUGUUUAUCGGCGAUCUCGUCGACAUCCUACAAAAAAUGUAAAUCAUCUCAGACAUAAUGGUAUCAAGAAUAUUUUAAACAAGUUUCAACUUGGUUUCAAGUAGAUCAUACCUGUUUAACCAUCGACAAGGUAAAUCCACAACUUUGUCCAAAUUCGGCGCCAUUUUGUCAUCCCAUGUCGCUUGUUAACAAUUCAGCCUUGUUACUCUUCCAUCCAAGCCAUUUCCAUUCCACUAAUAAUAAAUUUAACCCUUUAUAACAGGAGGAAACUAAAAAAUCUAAACAAAAUAUAAGAAAUACGCCAUUUUAUCACCAUGUAAAAUUUUGCUCACGAGUCUUUCAAAACAUUCCGUACAAAUAUCGCGUGACAAAGUAACAGGGAUGUGACAGGAGGGGGUGAAUUAUUUCACGAAGAUAGAAGAAGGCUGCGUGAAAUAGACUAAAAGCUAAAUACAAUCAUACAAAUGUUUGUUUUAUUUCUUGUAGCGACAAAUAUAUACAUAUUAUUAUUUAUUAAUAUGAAAAAGUCAUACAAAUUAAAUGUUGAUUGUUGGUUUUAUCAUACUGUGUGGGCUUUCCUUUCAUUUUUCAAGUCUCUACCCCCCUGUCACGUCCCUGUUGCUAAACCACGCGAGAUUUGUACGGAAUGUUUUGAAAGACUCGUGAGCAAAAUUUUACAUGGUGAUAAAAUGGCGUAUUUCUUAUAUUUUGUUUAGAUUUUUUAGUUUCCUCCUGUUAUAAAGGGUUAAAUUUAUUAUUAAUGGAAUGGAAAUGGCUUGGAUGGAAGAGUAACAAGGCUGAAUUGUUAACAAGCGACAUGGGAUGACAAAAUGGCGCCGAAUUUGGACAAAGUUGUGGAUUUACCUUGUCGAUGGUUAAACAGGUAUGAUCUACUUGAAACCAAGUUGAAACUUGUUUAAAAUGUUCUUGAUACCAUUAUGUCUGAGAUGAUUUACAUUUUUUGUAGGAUAUCGACGAGAUCGCUGAUAAACAGCGGAGUAAAGUGGAGAACUUGGCCAAAUACGUCCAUUUGCAGGAGGUAGGCACAUUUCAAAUUAUUAUUUCGGUCAGAAAAUAUUAACUAUUUUACACCAAACCAGUGAUAAUAUAUUUAAAUAAGUACCAUUUAUGUUUCUAUCAAACAGAUUUAGGGAAAAAGGUAAUGUAAGUCCACUGCUGUUUAUCUGAAUUUGCAAGCCACAAAUUGACGUUUAACUAUGAUUAUUGCAUGGCCAUUUUCUUGUGAAAUAUUAGUGCUUGGCAUUUCACACUUACCAAUGACCACCCCCAAAAGUACCAUCUCUGAACCAUAUAAGCACCUCAGAAUAGCCAAAGGUUAUGGUUUGGUAGAUAGCAGUAUGGCGAAAGCAUCGUUUUUGGGUGUGGUCAGUUUCGGACGUUUCGCCCCGGAUUGGGGUUCGGGCAGCGUUACCAUGUUGACCGUCAUGGUCAACUUACCCUAAAACAGUUGAGAUUAUCUGUCCUAAAUGAAAUGCAUACAAACUCAUAUACAGGUCCUAGACUACUAGUGUUAUUUACUGCGGAUUCAGGUAGACCAUUUAAUGCGAAUAGUUGUCGCGUUAGUUUUAACAGUUGUACGAUGACGUUUCUAGGCAGAUUUUCGACGUUUCUAAGCGGAUUUUACUACAUCCCGGGCGUUCUUUGUCAGUGCCCGCGAUCACAAUUAGUAUUAUCAGCGGUAUAUGAUGAUAACAUCGAGUGUUUCCUGAAAUCACAAUGUUUGAAAGAAAACAUCUUAAAAGCCAAAUAUAAAUUAUAUAAUACUCGAUGUGAAUUUAUAACUUGAUUAAACUGUAACAGUUUGUCAGCAUGUUAAUCUAUAUUUCAAGAUAUCAGUUUGCUUCUAGUCAGUUUAUUUGAUGCAGACAUAUUGCCUUUUAAUUUUUUGACAAAACUGUUUAUGUUUUCGCACUAAUUUCACAGAUCUUAUAUGAGCUAGUAACAUUUAUAGCAGCUCAAAUAAAAAAUAACCAAGUGACUGGACAGACGGGAGUUAUUUCGUAUUUUGUAGCAAUAUAAAAACUUUUGUUUGCGGUAAUCUUCACCAAGUUUGUCGUUAGCUCAAGCGGUAAAGGCGAUGCGUAAGUGAAACGCAGUCGGGGUCGGGAUCGAUGCCGAACAUUUAUUAUCUGAUUUAGCUCUUUUUCUCAAUUUUUUGUAAUUUUUUUCUUCCUUCCUUUUCUAACUCUUAAAAGUUAGGCCGGUUAGUGUUUGGGAUCGGUAUAAAAUCUAAAGUGCUUUAAAAAAGUUUUAAUCUUUUUUUAUCUGGUUGAAAAUGUUUGAAUAUUGAGUUGCGAACUCAACCGCUGGAAAUUCUAAUUGUGAUCGCGGGCACUGACAAAGAACGCCCGGGAUGUAGUAAAAUCCUUUCUAAGCACAGGCGGCCCAAUCUCAGAAUGAAUGAUCAGGUGUUGCGGGUUUUUAACGGUUUUUAUAAACAAAUUUAUAGUCAACCAAAACUAUUUUAAAAACAUUCUUAAAUUAGUCAAAUAAAUACAUUUUAACAAUAAAAUAUAGUUGACAUGAUAGUAUAAUACCUUUGCAUUCUUUUAAUUACUCCAUGAGCUCAUUUAGAGCGGUUGAUGUAACAUUGUAACAAUUUGGGCAAAUUUAGCGACAAACGGAACCAAAAUCUCCUCAAAUUCGGAUACUGUUCAAAACACUUAGGGCUGCUCGGGCACGAUCGUGGACGUGACGUAAUCAAUACAUACUGACAAUAACGCCUUACCGCCUUACGUGGGGUGGGACAGCAUCAAGCGACAAACUAUCGUCAAAUUUGAUAUGCUGUCCCACCCCGGGUAAGGCGUUAUUGUCAGUAUGUAUUGAUUACGUCACGUCCACGAUCGUGCCCGAGCAGCCCUAAGUAUUUUGAACAGUAUCCGAAAUUGAGGAGAUUUUGGUUCCGUUCGUCGCUAAAUUUGCCCAAGCUACGAUCAAACCAUAUUAUUUAAAAAGAGAAAUCUUUGCGAAAAGAUGUAAUCGAAUUUGUUUUGGCGUACGAGAAGUUUGAGCGGAGAUAUUUGACUUUGAAGGCGAUGCGGUCGUGCCGCCAGUGAUUAGCCUUUUACUAUUUAAGAAUGUUUUUAAAAUAGUUUGGUUGACUAUAAAUUUGUUUAUAAAAACCGUUAAAAACCCGCAACACCUGAUCAUUCAUUCUGAGAUUGGGCCGCCUGUGUUCUAAGGCGUGGCUUCAACGUUUAUUUUUAAAAUUUGAACGUUGUAAUUACAAGGUAAUUGCUAAAUAAUAUACUUCAAAAUAAAGUUUCCGUUUUUAUUUCAAUUUUUUAAAUAAGUUAGGGUUAGGUAAGGGUAAAGUUUUGCGUUACCCUAACUUAUUUAAAAAAUUGAAAUAAAAACGGAAACUUUAUUUUGAAGUAUAUUAUUUAGCAAUUACCUUGUAAUUACAACGUUCAAAUUUUAAAAAUAAACGUUGAAGCCACGCCUUAGAAACGUCGCAAAUCUGCCUAGAAACGUCAUCGUACAACUGUUAAAACUAACGCGACAACUAUUCGCAUUAAACGGUCUACCUGAAUCCGCAGUAUAAUCUCUAUGAAUGUAUGUCUUUAUUGUAGUGAUGGGCGAUUACCGAUUACUUGGUAUCGAUACCACCCGAUACCAGGCCCAAAUCGGAAGUAGUCGAUACUCAGCCUAGUCCCUAGGCCUCUUAGUUCGCCUAUUGCGCGUUUCUGCAUAUUAAUGAGGUGACGGCUCCUGAGAGGCCUAGAAUAAAAUGUUUCAAGUGAGCCAAAAGGGAAAUCGCUAGAUAGUAUACUUCAAAAUAAGGUAACCGCGAGAAGACUGGGUACGAGUUUGCCAAAAUCUUCGGAAAUCAGUUACGAGCGUUCUACGAACUUGCCACUCCUUUUGAAGGAUGUUUUCUUACUCGCGCGGCUUUUUUAAAUUUUGCGGGAAAUUCAAUUGGCGCGAAACGUUCCGAGGUAUACAAAUUGAUAACAGGUCUUGUUACUUUAAUUGAAAUUAUACAGUUAUACGUUAAUUUUUCUUUGUCAUCCGAAGCAUGUCGGCGAAUAUAAAUUCGAGCUAUGUUGGCGACCAAAAGGUGGCCGUAGUACAAAGCGAGUCCGAUGUAAAAGCUCUGAUUAAAGAAUACGAGACGGAGACGAGCAGCAAAUUCGUUGUUUACUACGGUGACAAGAGCUUUGGAUCAAAUGGCAAGUAUUACUGUUAACGUAUAGUAUAUAUUAAGAAGUAUGUCAUUAGCGCAUAAAGCAAUAGGUUUUGCACAUCACUUGCAACGAAGACAUGUACACAACACCUCUGAGAGGCGACCGAGGUGGAGUAUCCGUGCAACUUCUAAAAAUCUUAAAAUUAUCAGGGCGUAAAAAUUAGAUCAGGGGGCUUAUAUAAAUACCAAGGGGGGGGGGGCAAUUUGGAAGGGGCCCAAUUUCCCAAGAGGGGGGCCCGAAAUGCUGGAAUUGCGGAACGUGUUAAACAUUUAGGAAUAUUGUGAAAAAUUAAGAUCGAAAAAUUCUGAAAAACGUAUUUCCCCCCUUAUCCAAAACAGGUUUGCGAAAAAUUUUUUUGGACCUUUUAUUUUCAGGAAAACGUAUAUCUCCCCCUCCUCAUCUUUUUCCGGAAAUUUUUUUGCGUACCGGGGGGGGUCAAAAGGAAGAGGGCCCAAACUUUUAAGUUCACCCCCCCCCCCUCUGACACAGACUCUGGACACAGCAAAAAUAACAAAUUUAUUAAUACUUUUAUGACUACAAAUUUCUUUUCUACUAACAAAAAUGUAUGCAGAAUAUACUGAUAAUAAAUAAUAUUACGCUUUUACAGAAUUCGACUUUUUUUAUUGUUUAAUUGAUUUUUAGAAGUUAGAAAAGACAAACUUAAGGUUUUCUGGGAGAGAAAGGAUGGUAACCAAGGGCCAAGUAUUGCAUACGACGGAAUACCAUUCGUGCAUGUUGGAGAGAAAGUCUUGUGGUGUCACCAAGGGAAAGACAAAAACGAAAAAGCAAAACAAAAAAAUAAGGAGAAGAUUCGCAGCAGUCAGGUAACAAGACAUUUAGCAAAUACUAAUAGGCAUACACAGCUUUCCACAAAUAAGCGGAUUUUACUUUUCAUUUUACAGGGUGCCGACCAUUGUUACCAUACCCAGAGAAGAUCUUUUGCUCAGACAUCUAAAAAGAAAGAAUGCCCAGCUACAAUUUUCAUCACACAAAUUGCAAAAUUUCCGCAAAUGAAGGUCUUUAAAUGUUGUAAACAAACGAUAAAAUAAGUCUUUUUCUAACAUACAUAAAAACCCGCAAACAUGACGUAUACACUAUUCUUUAGAUUGAAAAAGACAGUAUAUUCUUCAGAAGAAGAAUUGCAAAACAAUUGCACGAAAAAUUGAAGGAAAACACUAUUGCAAGUGACGGUGUUGAAAUGCGGUAUAUCGUAAAGUUACCUCAUCCUUCUGAACACCAAUAUCACUUAACUGGGAAGGUAACAAUUUGUUUAAAAGUUAAAGGGAAUUGCAUGUAUGAAAAUAAAUAUUGACGCAGAAUUAUAAAUUACUAAUGACAACAUUUGGUAAUGAUAAUAUUUUAAUAUAGUACAUUAUCGCAACCGGUGAACCGCAAGUUUAUCCUAUCCAACGUUUCAAGAAAACACUUUAAUACCACAGAAUAAACAUUUACAGAAGUCCGACUUCGUGUCGGUGGUGCCUUUGAUGUUAGUGUAACCGCCACCACGCCAUGUUAUUUGCAAACGCAAAGCACUCUAGCCAGUGCGCUAAGAAGACGUCGCCAUCUCCCUGAAAACGUUCCAAAUAGGCGGCUUGGCGUAAGCGUUCAGGGGGGGGGGAGUCUUUCGUAAGCGCACACGCUAGGGACAUGGUGUAACCGUUGCAACGGUUACGCCCAAAGUGGGACUUCAAGUGUUUAUUCUGUGCCAGGAAUCCACAAGAUUCUUUCCUUUACCGUCCUCAUUCAACGAAGACGGCAUCAGAUGACUCUAUCCAGGAUCAAGAUGGAGAUACCGUCUCCGAUGAUAGUCUCGAGGAAUCCACGCAAACAUUACUGUUCUGCCAUCAGACAUGCGAUCAACGACAUCUCCUGACCAGGUAUGGCAACCAAAUGUGCCUGCUUGAUGCAACGUACAGAACAACAAAAUAUGACCUUCCACUGUAUUUCCUGUGUGUCAGAACAAAUGUGUGUUAUCAGGUGGUGGGAUCAUUUGUCAUACAGUACGAAAAUAUUGAAUGUAUAACAGAAGCAUUAAUGGUGUUCAAGGAGUGGAAUAAAGAUACAUGGAAUCCUUUGCGUUUUAUGGUGGAUUUUGCAGAGGAAGAAAUUCAAGCUCUUGAAACAGUCUUUUCAGGUAAGUAAAUGUACCAACGGGAAAAGCUGUUUGAACUCAAACCAUUACUUUUGUAGCGGUACAUAUAUAAAUGCAAGUAGGCGCUUCUUAACAGACUUAACACAGAGCGAUAUUCCUUGCGUAUCUCUUUCUACAUAUGUGUGGGGUAUAGAAAAAUAUGGAGCUUUAAAUUGGACUUGAUUCUGGAUUAAGAUGAUUUUUUCCCGUGAGCGUUUAAACAGCUUGUUCGCAGUUCGCCACAUUCUAAAAUAUCAAUAAAUAUAUGGCACAAGUUUUCAGAAUGUAUAUAGAUAGGAUAUUACUUUGAAUUUGAAUCUGCUAAAGUCACUUACCGGAAACUGAUCCAUGUACGGUAAAUGUACCCAUAUUUUUAACAUUACCUAAAAUACAUAUUUUACAUGUCAUGUAUUACUGUAGAUACAGAAGUACUUCUUUGUGAUUUUCAUCGAGAGAAGUCAUGGCAAGAGUGGACAUCUAAACUUGACAAUGGCGUUGCUCAAGACAAGCAAGAAGUACUCAGCCUAUUACGGAACAUCGCACGUGCAGCUACGUCUGAAGAAUGCCGAAAGUCAACCGCAGCCCUUACAGAGAGCAAAUUUUGGAAAGAAAAUCCCAAAUUAAGGAAUUGGUUUGGUAACAAGUGGCUGCCAAACAUCAAGGUAUACAGCCAUCAUGGGGACUAGACUGAGGGGGAAAUUAGUACUAGCUACUUGAAAUAAUAUGAUAUGAUUAUGAAAUCCUGAAAACGGUAUUGCCCAGCCUGAAAUCACGUCCCACUAAAAGUUUGUUUCCUUUUUUAGCCAAAACUGUACUGUACCACUUAAGGUAAAUCAUAUUCUUAUUCUUACAGAGAUGGUGCCAAGCGUAUCGGGCGGAAGAUUUCAUUUGUGCAGUCAACACCAACAACGGUAUUGAAAGACAAAAUAGGUCGUUUAAAUACGAGUACCUGUUGGGGAAUAAAGGAUGCUCUCUAAGUGACAUGGUAAAAGUUCUUGUCAAUCAGUUUCUGCCAAAAACUUUCAGAAAGUAAGAAAUUUUCAGUACCUCACCUAUACUGUAAAAAGUAAUCAAUCUAAAGGACUUACUUAGUAAAUCACAGAUGUGAUUCCAUUGUGAGGUGUUCUUUACAUGCUGUACUGUAAACCAAGUCACGAGUUUAUUUUCUUAUCAUUGUGUGUUCACCAUCCCUAAAAUGUAUUUUAAAGAAGUGCAUACAAAUGCAGUAUAUUUAACAAAUGCUUUUGUCUGUGACCUUAGGUAUGUUGAGUUAAAUGUGAAAUGCCAUGAUGGCUACCGUGCUUACAAUGAGGAACUGCCAAGAUUUCUUUACAACAGACCAGCAAAAAUGGUGUCCCACAUAAAGAAGCGGUGGGAAAGUGACAUAGAAAAUGACAUGGUCACAAUUUUGUCUUCAGGGGUCUUCGAAGUACAGAGUUCGACGGGAGGGAAUCAAUAUAAAGUAACCUUUGGAGAUGAUAAAAAUUUCCCAAACUGCACUUGCCUGGACUGGAGACACAACAAGCUUCUGUGCAAGCACUUCUGUGCAUGCAUGAAAGCUUUUCCAGAAUGGAGAUGGGAAAAACUGAGUAACAAAUAUAGAAGCAAUCCGCUGUUUUCCUUGGAUGAAACUAUCGUGCCAGCAGACAACACCCCACCUAAAAAUCAAGUAAAUACAGAUCAGCAGCAUACACCACCAAGAACCAUAAUGAAUGAGACAGAUACAAUGGACAGCGAUGAUUUUGCACCACUACCACCUAAAAGGACUAGUGGCAAAAAUGCUCUUCGUCUUAAAUGCCGAAAUUUAAUGAAAGAACUUUCAAGCCUGACAUUUCUUAUAGAUGACAAGGAGCAACUUUCCUCCCUUGUUAAUGAUCUCGAAGCAACAUUAAAAAAAGCACGCAAAGAAGCACCACAGGAAACAGGAAUUAUCAUACAAACAACGCACCCGAAGAGGAAUCCCAUUAGAAAAACAAAUAGCACCAACACGAAACCUAGUCAAAAGAAACAGAGGAACAUUGAAACACUAAUGAAAAGAUCAUAUGGCCGCCCGAAACAUCCCUACACUGGCCGAGUUGGGAAGCAUUCUGAAAUUAUGAGAAAAAACUACAAAGUGCAUGUGCCACUAGCUGCAGAAAAGCCUAAGAAAAGAAAAUCGUCAAGAACAGAUAUAAUAGACCUGAGCUCACCCAGUAAAAAGCCGUGCAAAAGUCUUCCACCAAAACAGCCCUGGGUAUGUCUUGCCAAUUUGACUUUAUCUCUGGCAGAUAAAACAGCACUUACUUCUGGAAAACUUCUUAAUGAUAACCACAUCAAUGCAGCCCAAAUUCUUUUAAAAAACCAAUUUCCUAACAUUAGUGGCUUGACAGAUACUUUAAUAGUAUCAAAUCAACUUCCUAGUAAAGGUUCCUCAACUUCAAUGUCGAACAUUAUUCAGAUCCAUAACAUUCCUGGACAUUGGCUUGUAUCUCAGUCAAAUGGACAAUCAGUGAUUGUCUAUGACUCUCUGUAUCCUGGACUGACAAGUCCUUUGUGUAAACAGUUGGUAUAUGUAUACAAGAGUCUGGCAAAAGGAUGUCUGUUGCACGUGAAACUCCGGUGCUGCCAGAAGCAGUCAGGUUUUGUUGACUGUGGAUUAUUUGCCAUAGCCAAUGCAGUAGCUCUUGCUAAUGGAAUAUAUCCUGGAGCAGUCAUUUUUGAGCAGAGCCAGAUGCGUCCACAUCUACAGCAAUGUCUUGAACAAAAAGAAAUCACCAUGUUCCCACAUAAACUCAAGAAACAGCCAUGUCACAUUCGGGAGAGGUCAAUCAUGAUAAAGUGCUGAAAAUGUUUCUGAGUUGGUAUUUAAUAAGUUAACCACACUAUAUACUAGUCUUGUAACUAUAUAGGUACCUAGGGGUGGAGCCAGAGGAGGGCUGGGGCUAAUCUACAACCCCAGUUGGGGACCCCAAGACCCAGCCCCCAUUGGGGAAAAGUUAGCAAUUUUAUUUAUUUAUUUAUUUACAACUUGCCUUUCAAGCUUGGAGCCUGCAACAGCUAGGGUCAUUUAUUGUCGGUCCACUAAGGCCAUUUUACUGUGGGUCCACAUUGUUGGGAAAGAAAAUAUGUUAAGGCGUAAAAAAAACCCCUGUGGUUCCGGUUUCAUAUUGUGAAAAAAUUAGGGUCGGUAGGUCGGAAAUAAAUUUUUUUUUGAAUAUUUUUUUCAUGGUUUUGGCGAUUUUUUGCUGGGCGAUUUGCAGUAGAGUCCCGACAUCAAUAUUAACUAGAGGUGCGUAUUUCCUAUGGACGAAUUGAGGCAAUUUGGUUCAAUAAUUAGUGUGACAACAGACGCCAUUUUGGCACGCUGUAUGAGCAGCCCGCAACCACCUGGAGAAAAUAGGGUCGCACGGUCAAUUGCGUUGAAAAAAUAAUAGGGUCGGCAGAAAAAAAUAGGGUCGGUCGGGAACCGGAACCACAGGUAUUUUUUUUUACGCCUAAACACUAGUUCAAGAACUCACCCCCCUGUCACUGCUUAGCUCCUCCUGUCAAGAACCUUACCCCCCUUGUCAGUGAAUUCCUAACAUCACCACUGUAUAUAGACAAGUACAGUGGCAGUGUGCUAAUUAUCCUCGCAGCUGAAAGCUAAGCUGAAUUGUAAAUUGAAGGACACAACCUCAACACGAUUGAGUCAAAGGCUUUCAAAGGGUACCUCCGGCAGCCACCUUACGAUUAAUGUCUAACCAUGGAGCACAACUAUGGUCAGUCAUUGUGAUAGGGAACUGCAGUGCCUGGAGAAAACCCACAACUUUCAGUAGAGCAUUGGAAUUCAUGGCAAUUUGCACUUUUGAUUGAAAAUGCCGGAUCAUUCCAGAAAAAUGCAUCCAAGGCAAAGUUUGGCAAUUGUGACCUAAUAUUUUAAAAAUUUAUUUGACGUAAAUUAAAUUAUGGGUUUGAUUCUCACUGCAUUGCAGACUCGUUACACCUAGUAUGUAAAUUGUGGAGUUACAAACAUUAUGUUUAGAUAUUAGUUUAACCCAUUGAGUUGCACCAGUACUCGAGACCAUUUCUGCCUAUAUAUAAUUACAUACUGCAAGACGGCUAAUGUCCCACCUAUCCUUGGGGUGUGGGUAUUACACCUUCCAAUUUUUGGUGUAUAAAUAUUAUUAUAUUAAAAAUUAUUAACACAGUACAGACGUCAACAGUCCAUACAGUACAGUUAACAGUUUAUAGCAUGUAUCUACAGUUAAUAUUGAAUGUCACCAGCAUUACAGCUUGUAUAUACUAUACAGUAUACACUUGACCUAUACGACAUAGUCUAUUGAUAUAUCAUAUAGUUUAUAUUGGAUUAGUGUUUAUAUUGUGUGUACUUGAUAUGUUUGAAAUAUAUUUAUUCACCAAAUAUUUAUAUAAAAAUGAAAAAUAUAUUUCUACUUCACCUUUAAUUUUCAUUUAGACACGGUCUUCUUUAGUACGACGAUCAGAUUAGAACAAUGACAAUACUUGUCAGAAUCGAUGAAGGAUAUUUUUGCUCGAAAAGGCGAGAGUCGAAGGAAAAAUCAAAUAACAUGAAAUCGAAUUUUAUAUCCAAGUCUGACAUUUGAAUAUCAUUGUGCUUUUGGUUUUCCUCGUAGAACGCUCGUAACUGAUUUCCGAAGAUUUUGGCAAACUCGUACCCAGUCUUCUCGCGGUUACCUUAUUUUGAAGUAUACUAUCUAGCGAUUUCCCCGCGUUGAUCCAGUAUCGUUGUGAUAUCUGACUGAAUACAAAAUUCACUCCACCCGCAUGGUUGGCACGCUCGUGGUAAUCUUUCACAACCAGUCUUGUAACCCAAUUACCUCUCGGGAGAAUGAUCGGAAAUCUCGCAUCAUAUGGUAAUUGUUCAGCAAAUUCUAAACGACUAUGUGAACGUAAGAGUCCAUCUUCAUCAAUCCUAGGGUUCAACUUGGCGAGGUGACUUGUCGGUGAUACUGGUCUUCCUGCUUUCACUAGUCGGUAGUCCUCGGGCAACGCCUGACGUUGGGCAUCGCAAAUAACAUCGAUCUCAGCUUCCUUUAACUCGUCGACCGUAAGCUCGCGUCCACUGCGUCUUUUUUCUGGAUUUCGCAUGUUAAAUACCACUCGUUUCACACGGGCUAAAAGUCGUAUCAAUCUAGACCAGUCCGAGAACCGUUCUGGUUUAAGUCUCCACUCAGCUACCACAGGCUCCGUCUCACAGUCCGAAAUGCCGAGAACCUUACUCGCGAGUGAAGUACUGACUACCGGUCCUUUGGGUGGUUUCUGCUCUGACAAACUCGGAGGCUUACGUUCCAACUCCAUCUUCGGCCAAUUCUCACUACUCAUCUUUAACCAUUCGGGACCUUCCCACCACGUCAUAUCUUCAGCUAGUUGCGCUGGACGGGCACCUCGAGUACAUACAUCGGCUGGGUUCUCUGCGGUUGACACGUGUUGCCACUGGGAUGGACUGGUGUUGCUUUGAAUCUCGCCUACACGAUUCGCCACGAACGAUCUAAAAUCUCUUCCUCGACCCCGAACCCACCAUAACACAUCUUCACUGUCGGAAAAGAAGCUAGCCUCUUGAAUCGGGAGAUACAAUACGUUGUGAAUUGAUUGAGCCAAUCUCAAUCCUAAGACAGCCGCCAUGAGCUCGAGCCUCGGUAUCGUGGUCGGAUUAAGUGGAGCAACUUUCGACUUUGCAGCGAUCAGGCGACAACUUGGUCAUCCUCAUACUCUGUUCGGAGAUAACUAACCGCACCAUAGGCCGCCUUGGACGCGUCCACGAACGUGACGACCUCUUUCUUCCUGACAGGCAAGGCCAAUCGGAGGCACCUCGGAAUGAUAAUGGUGCUCAGGGUCUCCAACUGAUCAAACCACGCAACGAUUCUGGUUGCUAGCUCAUCUUGAAUCUCAUCAUCCCAAUCGUACCCACGUGCCCACAGUUCCUGAAGUAAGAUCUUCGCUACAACAACAAACGGGCCGAUGAAUCCCAAAGGGUCGAACACGGACGCGAUUUUGCGCAAAACGUUCCUCUUAGUUAGUUGCAACCUUCCCGGCGAAGUCAUAGGAAUUGUGAACACGUCAUCCUUGCUAUUCCACGAGAGUCCUAAAGUCUUGGUGGUCGGUGUACUACUCGCACUUAUGGUCAGCUCACAAGCUCGAUCUUCUUCUGGAAUCUCUGCCAUUACUUUCGCUGAGUUGGACACCCAUUUCCUGGCUUGCAUAUUGGCCGUCGCCCACAGAUCCUUCAGCUCAUGAUACAAGCGUAUCCCCUCGUCAUCAUUCUCAGCACUAUCCAGAGAGUCAUCCAUGUACGUGGAUUUCAACACUGUUUCAGCUGCCAAAGGAAACUGUUCCUGCUGUUUCCUGGCAUUCUCCUGCACUACAUAUUGUGCCUCCAUCGGAGCGGAGUUCUUCCCGAACACAACACGACUAAACUCGUACACUUCAGGCUCCUGAUCUGGAUUCAAGUCUCUCCAUAGCAUUCGGAAGUACGGUCGGUCUCGCUCUUCGAUGACGAUCUGCAUAUACAUCUCCUUGAUAUCACAUGCCACUGCUACUGGGUUGCGGCGAAAUCUCAGCAACACAUCAAACAAAUCUUGCUGGAGCUUCGGGCCCACAUGGAUCUCAUCAUUUAGGGACACACCCUCGCAUUUCGCCGAGCAAUCAAAGACAAUGCGUACCUUCGUCGUGGUUUUGCUCAAUUUGACCACCGGAAAGUGUGGCAGGUACCACUGCACAGCUGCUUUCUCUCGAGGGUGUACCUUUCGUAGAUACCCUUUCUCAACAUACUCCUUUAUGGUGCGACAAUACUCUUCAGCCACAACAGGGUCCUUUCGCAAGUUCUUCUCUGUUGAAACAAGACGUGACCGGGCAAUAGAGCUAUUGUCUGGUAAGUUUGGCUGUCCUCGUUUCCACGGUACACCAACUUGGUACCUUCCUUCAACGAUUGUGCAUGAUUUCUUAAUCUUUUCCAGAGCGGUUCUUUCUUCUUCCGUCAUAACUUGUGGCACUGUAGUCCCGAGUCCAGAGUUUUCGACUUCCCAGAAAGCUUUCAACGUGCGGUCUAGAUCACAACAACUGACUCCACCUGCAUCACCAACCGUCCCUGUACUCAACAGAGCUCGGACCGAAUGAGAUCUAGGAACCGAUCCCACAUGCUUCUUUGGAGGACCGAUACAUGUCCACCCAAGAGGUCCCAGACGUGCCACCGGGCCUCCAUCAUCACCUUGAAAGUCCACCAUUGAAAAAUGCAUUUCCGGAUUGUCUACACCGAUCAGGACGUCCACUAAUCCAUCCUUUGCAGGGGUUGGGAAACUACAUUGACUUAGGUGGGGCCAGUCCUUUUGAAAUUUGGACCAAUCUACUACGCGAUAAUUGCCCGUAACUUCCUUAGGGCAAGUUUGAACACUCACCGUCUUUGAAAAUUGCCCAUCUACACUUUCAACCUCUACUUGCAAAGGCAUUGACUUGAAAGUCUCUACUGAACUGUUCAGGACAUGUACUUGUACACUUUUCCAGGCUGCGCUCAGCCCCAAAGCACCUGCUAGCUCUUCGUUCAUGAAUGUUUCAUUGGAAGCGUCAUCCAAGACCGCAUUCACCUUAAUCUUCCUACCAUUCCCCUUGACCCAAACUGGAACUGUUCGUAAAGAAUAGGAUUCCACAUUUGACUUAGUAUUCAAUGUUGUCGUGGUAACAUUAACAUGUGCCCCCUCCCGAGGGGGAUCAGAGCCGUUCGCACCAGUCGCCCCCUCCCGUGGGGUAUCGGAACUCUUGGCAGUGGUUGCCCCCUCCCGUGAGGGGUUGGAACCUUUCGAAGGGGUUCCCGAAGCAUUAUUCCCUUGGCGACGUUCUGGGUCAUGUAGUAAAUGGUGGUGGCUCAAUGAACACCCGUUUAUGCCACAACGACCAGUCCUGCGACAAUCUUUUCCAUGAUGAUCCUUCGAGAGACAACGGAAGCAUAAUUUCUUCUCUUUGGCAGUUUUCCACCGUUCUUCCACGACCAAUGCCCCAUACCCCUUGCAGUACCAUAUCGGAUGAUUGCUCUGUCCACAGAACUGGCAUGGUGGUCUUUGUUGACCAUACCUGUCCGCCUCUGUCAAGAAGGUUCUGGAUCUUGAUCCAUUGCCCUUCUUAAAUGGUGGAUCACUCAAUGGCUUUUGCUCCAGCCCAUGCGCCAUUUCAACUGCUUCCAUUUUUAUUGCGACUUCUUUCUUUAACCACUCACACAAAUCGGUUACGGAUGGUGUCUUGCUGUGCACAUUUAACCAACGGCUGUAGCUUUCCACUUGCUGACCAGACAACUUCUUAACAAGUUGACCAUGUAAAGACCCUUCUCCUAGUUCAGCUUCCCGUCCCUCAGCUUUUAGCUUUGUCACUGUAACUCUAACUAAGUCUGUAAAUCUAUCGAAUGACGACACAUCAUUAUUCCGCAGCGGUGGUGUCUUUUCAAGCUCUUCCAUAUAAGCUCUCAAUUGCCUUCGCUCACCUCCAAACUUCGAUUGAAUAAUGUCCUUUGCUUCCUUAUAUUCUGCCUCCGAAACUCCUAGUCCUCGAAUAGCUUCCAAAGCUCUACCAGAAAGACACUCUCUAAGUCUAGCCAUCUUGAUGUUCACAGGUUCAGAUGAUUUAUCAACAAGGCUCUCAAAAAGGCACCAAAAUUCCUCAAAGGUAGCUUUAGUUCCAUCAAAUUUAGGGACCCUUAAUGCUUUUAAGUUCCGAUUAAUUGUUCCUCCUAUAAUACCAGGCGAUUGUUCUGCAAGGUAAUUAGUAUUGGGUGACGCGGGGGUACCCAUGCUUGGUGACACCUGUUCCAGACUAGGGGGUUGGGGUGAUUGUUGCUGGCUAAUGGGGGGUGAGGUAUAAUUUUGCUGCACUGCACCUGGGGCACUGGGUUGGGGUGCCUGUUGCAAGGUAGUAGGGGGUGACAAAACUGAAACACUCGGGGUCACAGUCACAGAUUCUGUUACCUUCUCUGCUUCUAACAUCAUGUCCGUCAACCUUUCCUCAGCACGUUCAAUUACUUCUUGUGUUUCUUCCUGUAAACUGUCCGAUUCUUUCAUUAUUUCCGAUUGUAACUCAGUAUUUUCCAUUUUUAAAGCUAACACACUCAUCUCAUCCAUCACCGCCUGUGCUUCCUCUAAAAUUUCCCAUAUUUCCUCGAUACAACUCUCGAUUUCCUCUCUUGUAGCUCUCAUCUUAGCUAAUUUCUGCAAACGAUGCUUCGAUUUAGUUAAUCUAGUCUUUCGGGUUCUUUUUUCCUUUCUCAAUUUAACUAAUAUUUCUCCGUACGGUACAGCUACGUUUCCUUGUCCAUUUUCCUUCGAUACUCCGCUCUCCACAACGUUUUCCUUCGCGUUUCCCUCCAUAGAUAACUCG